CAUUGUUAGUUUGUAGUGAAGCUGGAGCGGAUGAGGAACAGCCACUGUAAUAAUGGCUUUUAACUCGGAACAAAGUGGCAUCUCCCUCCCAGCUGUCGGAAUAAUAGUAGCUGUAAUAUCAAGUUUCAUCAAUGGCUCGACAUUUGUGCUUCAGAAAAAGGGGAUUUUACGCUCCCGCGACAGAGGAGGGUCGUACCUCAGAGAUGUGGUGUGGUGGAGUGGCACAGUGUCCAUGAUUGUUGGUCAAAUUGGGAACUUCCUGGCGUACAAUGUGGCCCCUGCUGUGAUAGUGACACCACUCGGAGCUCUGGGAGUGUUGUUUGGGGCUGUGCUCGCUUCCUGGAUCCUGAAGGAACAUUUAAAUAUCCUGGGGAAGCUUGGCUGUGCAUUAUGCUGCUGUGGCUCUGUUGUGCUUAUCAUUCAUGCCCCUAAAGCAGAGGCUGUAACGUCAAGACUGGAGCUAGAGGAGAGGCUAUCGGACCCAGUGUUUGUAAUGUAUUCCCUCCUCGUGGUCCUGCUUCUGAUCACGCUGAUCGUGUGGAUUGCUCCAGCUCAUGGUACAUCAAACAUCAUGGUCUAUGUCGCCAUAUGUUCCCUCCUGGGAAGCUUCACUGUUCCGAGCAGCAAAGGACUCGGCCUGGUAGCCCAAGAUGUCUUUGGUGAGGGGCCGCCGAGCAGCAGAGCUCUGGCUCUCUUCGUGGGUUUGCUGGGGACGCUGGCUGUCAGCGUCCUGACACAGUUCUUCUUCAUCAAUAAGGCCCUGGAGUGUUUCAGCUCCAACAUGUUUGAAGCCAUAUACUACGUGACGUUCACAUCCACUGUGAUUCUGGCCUCUGCUCUUCUCUUCAAAGAGUGGACUGCACUAACUUUGACUGACAGCCUUGCCAUGCUUUGUGGCUUAACAACAGUGUGUGUUGGGGUCAUUUUACUCCGCAUUUCCCAGGAGGCUUUGAUUACUUGGAAGAAGAAGGAGUCACGGGAAAAGACAGACUGAGAUGUUUUUCAUGUUUACUUGACUUUUGUGCUAAACUGCAUUUCUUAUUAACUCAGAGUCUGUUUGUGUUUUGUACCAUUCCAACUCCAGUUUCAGAGACCAAAGCUACAGUAUAUUUAUGAGUGGUUUCAUUUAACAUUAAACUUGAAUCUCCUUGAUGGUCAGUUCACUUCACCCGAGCAUUUAACUGCAAACUCGGACAUGGCCUGGGGACUAACAGUUAAUUUGUCAGUUUUAUGCUUUUACACAUUUCAAAUCCUUCCACAGAGGCUUACAAAACAUCUUAAAUACUACAACUAAUUCUGUUCACUUUCAUCUCGAGUGUUCCUCUCAAGCUGUUAAGAGGUCCCUUAAAUGUUCUCCCUUUCUCCCACAGCCAGACUGCCUCAGUGUAGAAUCGCCCGCACUUUGACUUAUUCAGUGUGUCUGUGAAUUAUUCAGUGAAAUUUCAGAAGCAGUCGCUUUAGUGCAGGGUUUGUAUAGAAGGAGAGAAUCAUCAAUGACUGAGUGUUUUGUCUAAUAAAUGGAUUUUUAACUCUGAUAUACCAAAUAUAAAUCAUUGUUUUGUCAUAAAUGUGGCUACAUGUUAUGCUUGUGUAAUUCACUUAUUGUUUAUAUUAUGGAUUAUUUAUUUACAUCAUAAAACUGCUUACACUCAUUUCUGCUACUGUAUGUGUCAGAGAUGGUUUAACCGUGAUGCCUUGGUAACUUGACAGUUCAACCUAAACUUGAAACUGCAAACAUUUGUCCUACUGACGAGUCUAUGAGUCACUAUCAUUUGUGUCCUUGCAAACUCUGUGGGUCCUUUCUUUGAGAAGCUUUUGGUUAAUUUGAUUUCAAAAGAAUAAAACUACAUCA